GAAUAGCUGCCAGAGUUUCAAGGUCUCCUUAUUCGUUAUGCACUUCACACCUCCUAUACCAGCUGGCAUAUGUCUAUCACACUGGUAAUAGACAAACACUUCGUUGAUAAGCGCCCAUACCUUUGGCACUGAUUUGUUUUGACAUUCCGGCCGUGUUUCACUACCCUUUGUCUUUUUUUUUCUUUCUAUGGAAGAUAAAGGGUGUUAGUCUUUUUUUUCUUCAAUGGGUUGUGUGUUUUGUUAUGCAACUGUGUAUUUUUGUUUUGCCUUUCGCAAUUGCUAUAGGUGGUGGUGGCAAAGACGACAACACACUGCUGCUGGAUCGUCUGCUCCUGUUCGAUGUUGUUGCUGCAUUUUGCGCAUUGCGGCUACAAGUUUCACCAUACCGUAUAAUAUAGUCUUCCCUUUUUUUUGGUCAUUUCUUUCUGUCUCACGACGGAUAAGAUAUAAUCAGAAGGGGAAGAAAUAAAACAAUAACAAAAUAACACAAAAAAAAAUGGAAGAAGAAGAAGAUCGGCAAAGUUUACCGUUGAACAUUGAUAUGGUUGGCCAAGUGCUUCACGGGUCAGACAUGAACCGUUCGUCGCUUGACGAGCUCCUGGAAUCGGUGGAAGUGAUGAUAGGCGUUAACGGUGACGAGUUCGCUACGCCCGUCUCGAUCCUGAACGGACCGUUCCAGGCCGCAUUGCUGGCCUUGUUGGUUGUGCUGUCGAUCGGCGCCAACGCCUGCGUCAUCAACAAUAUCCGGCACAACUGCAUCAAAUUGCGUUCCACUCACUUCAUCCUCAUCCAGCAUUUGUGCAUGGCCGACCUGAUCGGCGCUUCAUUGAUCCUUCCCGCUCCACUGGUCACCUCCUUCCGCGGACGGUGGGAAGGAGGCUCCAAUCUCUGCCACCUCUCCAGCGUCGUCAACGUCUCCCUCUGGCUCCAGCACGUCUUCAUGUUCCUCAUGCUCAAGAUUGAUCGUGUUUUGGCCGCCACCCUGCCGAUCGGCCGUUACCCUAUCUGCACUCCUCGCGCCAGCCAAUGGCUCGUCCUCCUGGCUUGGCUCCUGGCUUUAGCCAUAGGAGCUGGCGUAACGAGCGCCGCUGGUGCCCGAUUCGAGCCUUCAUUGCUUCUCUGCGCUCCAGGACUGCCGCAGGAGUUUGGCAUCACUCUCAUCUCGCUCUACUGUUCGGCUUUCGCUUCGAUGGUCGUCGGCUACGUCGUUCUGAUUAUCGCUGUCGGGCGAAAGAAAUCGAAGAACAAAGCGGAGCAGCAGUCGGAGGAGGAGGUGACGGAGGAGCCGCACCAUUUGGAACACGACUCGCCUGGUAGCAGCAACUCCAAGAGCUCAUCGACCCAACAACAACAGAGUGGCGCUAAUUUGCGUUCAGCCGCCACUUCGCUUAUCGUUACCGCCAGCCAUUUGCUAUUGUACCUGCCUGCGCUCCUAUUGCUUGGUCUUCAGGGUACAGUGGUGAAUCCGGUGGCUGCUGCCCUUUGCGCUCUCAUUGUCUACUCUGAAUUCCUCAUCCAUCCGAUGGUGCUGCUCUCAACGUCGCGACGGAUGCGCCAAGAAGUCCUUCGAACUCUCAAACGCCACUCGCCCUGUUGUUGCUGAUUUUUAGAGAUACUCGGGAAACGGAAGUCCAGCGUCCGAUACUAGACGUUUGUACAAUUAUGUCUCUUUCUAUCAGUCAUUAAAGUUACAAGUGGUAUUCUCUCCCUUUUUUUUUUUGUAAAACGAGUACUAUUCAAUGGACAUCGUUGUUUUGAUCUAGCCUCUAACGAUCUCAUAUCACCUUUCUCGUCAUGUGUUCUACGUUUUCGUAUUAACCUAGACGCAUGUACAACCUUGUGGUCUACAUGACAUAGCGUCCUUCUGACAACGCGAUUAUAUUUAAUAUAAUUUUAUUAACCUACACAA